AUGUCAACUUGUCAGCUCAGAAUGGCUCAGUCGUUCCAUGUCACCUCCUCCAUUCCGGGUAGUAAUAACCCCCUAAAGCCCAGUAAUCGUGGCUCCGAUCUGGUUGCGCGCUUCGACGCUGUGACUCUCCAGCAGUCGGCAGUGGAGGAAGCAAGGUCGGAGCCCCAGAAGGUGAUUGUGGUGGGAGCUGGGAUUGCUGGCUUGCGUGCGGCUGCGCUGCUGCACCGGUAUGGCUGUGAAGUCGUGGUGCUGGAGGCUCGCGAUCGCAUUGGAGGACGAAUCCUAACCAGUAGAAAGGGGGACCAUGUACGGGAUAUUGGUGCCGCCUGGAUGCACGAAACUUCCCAGAAUAGCCUCGUGAAGCUCAUCCCCGAACUAUCCAUUCCCUAUUAUUACGACGACGGGGCCCCCCUCUACUUUACCCGAGAUGGUCGCGCCGGAUCCCAGUUCAAGGCCAAAAAGGUGGCCGACGAGUUCGCCGACUAUUGCGAGUGGUAUUACGAAACUCACCCGGACGAGGAGGACCGGCCGGUCGCUGAGUUCGUGAAGGAGUUCGUCCGGCAGCAUCAGCUCAUUACCGAUGACGAGCGUCUUUGGGCCCCGCAGGCACUCCGGGAGGUCGAAUUGUGGAUUGGCACCAGUACAGACCAAGCGUCCUCCAAGCAUCUGUCGUAUUUCAUCACCGAGCGCAACCUCUACAUGAAGGGUGGAUAUGAUCGGAUCGUCAAUUGGACCGCCCACAGCAGCAGCAGCAUCAUCCGGCUGAACCACCAUGUCGAGCAUGUCGAGUGGAACGAGCAUGGCGACGAACCGAUGCGCAUCCGAUACAAGGAUCCCCUGGGGGACACGCAGUGGAUUGAAGGUGAUGCCGUGGUGAUGACGGUCCCCCUGGGCGUCUAUCACCACAAUCUGCUCUCCUUCGAACCGCCCUUGCCGAGUGACAUCCAAGAGGGCCUGUCCAGGUUCAGCUAUGGCGCCCUGGGCAAAGUGUUCUUUGAAUUCACCGAUGUCUUCUGGUCGAAGGACAACGAUCAGUUUAUUUUCUAUCCCUCUCCGCCCGAGGACGCGGACUGCUUCUCGGGGUCCUCUGUUCGUUCUACCACCAGCGUGAGUUCCGUAGGAGAAAAGGACAACAUCCUCAACUAUCCCACCGUCACCAUCAACUUGUGGAUCAUGACCGGUGGCAAGGAGCUGUGUGUGCAGAUUGCCGAGCCCCUAACCCAGCGCAUUGAAGCCAUGGACGACCCCCACGAGAUUUACGGCUUUUUCGAGCCGCUCUUCAAAUUGCUCCGGACCGAGCCCUACAAAGCUCUCCCUGGCCUGGUAAAUGUUGAGACUACACAUUGGACCCAGGAUCCGUUGGCUGGGUAUGGAACCUACUCCGCCGACAAGGUUGGCGAUGAUGCAGAGCUGUUCUUCGAUGCCGUGGCCAGGUGCAAGCGCAGCCGCUUGCAAUUUGCCGGCGAGCACUGCACUCUGGUUGCCAAUGGCUGCGUGCACGGUGCAUUUAAGACGGGCGAAACUGCCGCCAAAAACCUGCUGGAGACUUUUGGCAUCCCGUAUAAUGGAAUCGAUAUGCUCGGCUGA